CAAACUCUCCCAAUCCACGCCCAGCUGUGCCUUGUGGGAAACGUAGUUCCGGCGGCGGCGCGGUGCUUUGUGGGGCACGUAGUUCCGUUUCCUGUGGCGCUGUUGCGGAGAGCGGUCUGCUGUGGCGGUGGCGGAGAACGCUCGCCUCGUCGUUGGGACUCGGCAUCGGGAGGCCUUGUGGGAUCUGUAGUCCCGGCGGCCUCGGCCCGCCGAGGGAAAGGAGGAGGGAGCAGCGAAACACCACACAGACCAUGCCCGGGUUCACGUGCUGCGUGCCAGGCUGCUACAACAACUCGCACCGAGACAAGGCGCUUCACUUCUACACCUUCCCGAAGGACACGGAGCUGCGCCGCCUCUGGCUGAAGAAUGUGUCGCGGGCCGGCGUGAGCGGCUGCUUCAGCACUUUCCAGCCCACCACGGGCCACCGCGUCUGCUCCGAACACUUCCCCGGCGGGCGCAAGUCCUACCUGGUGCGAGUGCCCACCAUCUUCCCCUUGCGGGGCGUCAACGAGCGCAAGGGGGCCCGCGGAAACAGGCGCGCACGCCACGCCCCCGCGCCUCCCCAGGCACCCGCGGUAGCCGCGGCUCAAGCCGCGGUAUUGCUCGCUUUGCAGGAGGGAGCAGCAGCCGCGGCGGCGGCUGGACAAGGAGUGCCCAGAGGAGGAGGAGGAGGCACUGGCGAGGAUGUCAAGCCCAUGGACCUGACAGUACAGGUGGAGCUGGGUGGCCCCGGGGCAAUAAUUGGAGGCCCUGGGGCAAUGAUUGGGGGCCCUCUUAGCCUGGCCUUCCUUACAGAUAGCGGGCCUCUGGUGGACAGCCCACCUGACCAUUCGUACUCACUGUCCUCGGGCACCACGUCGGAGGAGUUGCUGCGCAAGCUGAACGAGCAGCGGGACAUCAUUGCCCUGCUGGAGGUGAAGAUGAAGGAGAUGAAGGGCAGCAUCCGCCGCCUGCGCCUGGCCGAAGCCCAGCUCCGCGAGGAGAUCCGGGAGAAGGACCGCCUUCUGCAUGCCGCGACCAUGGGAGGGAUGGCUCGCAAGCGCCAUGGCCUCUGAGACAUACCUGCCCUCCCUGUAGUUGGGGUCCUGCUCUUCGAGUUGCUUCUCUCAUGCAGGGCAGGGGACGGUGCAAGUGGACCCAUGUGGAAUUGGUUACGAACAGUGGUGGCAAGAAAUGCCCAGAGAAGAAAACUUGGGGGUGAGGAGGGGUGGGGAGAAAGGCAGGAUGCUGUAGCAAGGACAAAUGGUGCCCCACAGCCUGGUGUGGCGUUGCUGCCCUAAAGUUGUCUCGGGCCCCUGUCAGUCAGGUCUACACUGUGACAGGCGGAGCACCAGUGCCUGACCAUGUAAUGACAUCUUCCUCUCCUGUCAGGAAGCCCAGGCUGGUGUGUGAGCAGGCCCACACUUAACUGGACACACACACUCACUUUUUACAUGUAUAUCUGUGAGAACUACCCACCAGGACUUGGCUACAGCAAUAUUUUUUAUAUAAAAAGAAACAAAGCUGGGUACAGUCUGGAUCACUGGUUGCUAGCCGAUGCUGUACUCGGAUCACAUACUGUUCAAAGCAUGGUAGCAGACAGCAGCUGCUGUGGUACUCUCAGUGACGUUGAUUCUGUGGGAAUUAGUUCAUUUUUAGCAUUGCUGGGAAAAUGUCUCUAAUAAAGCUGGAUGCUUUCAUUAAGUGGGUGGGUGUACAGUUAUGAGCUCCUGCCGCCCGCAGAAUUAAAUUUAGUACAAAGCUAAUUUUGAGGAACAAUAACAGUUAUUUUCUAGACAAGCACAUUUGGGCUGUAAACCAUUUACUCUGGAGUAGUCUAAUUGAAGUCCUAAUGAUAUUCAUAGCACUGUCCCAUGAUUAUUCUGCAGUAAAUGUCUUGGUGAUUAAUGCCUUAGAAACCAUGGUCAUCAGUGGAUUUUGUUUGUCCCUCAUGAAAGGGGAGAGAAAAAAAGUAGGUUGCCUUCUUCCCCCCCCACCUCCUGAUAUGGAAUAUGCCAUUUUUUAUGCCAAGUUCGUUCUUAACAAUUAAAGAGGGCAACUAGAGUCUGUAGCCUGUAUUCCUACAUUGCAGUUGUAGUUGCUGUUUUGCUUUUCCCCCCUGUUGCUACUUGAUAGGGAGUAUUGUGGCCAUGCCAUAGUUGGAUGGCUGUCUGCCCAUCAUGGCAUUCAACAAUUGCUUAUUGUUUCAUUUCUGCAAAUAUUCAAUAUUCUCUGGUGUAAUACUAAUAUUCUGUGGUAUAUUUUCUUUUCACUUAUAAUGAUCUGAGGUGCAAUUUGGCUAACUUAAGAGGAAUGAGGUUAAGGUCCAGUGACUCUGCAGAUCCUUCCUACUUCAAAAUAAAUUAACAUAGCUAGCAAUCUCUGCUCAGGGCCUGGAAGACUUUAAUGCCACAAGCAUGGAUUGACAAGUACGUUUGUGAGAGUUACUUGGCACUCCUCAGUUUCUCAUGAGUCAGUACUCAGCUUGCGUAUCCACGGAUAUGAACAUUGUCCCUUUUAAAGAUGGAUAGAGAUGAGAGAGCAGCCAGUCCUAUAGCCUGAACCAUUUUUUCAGAAGUAGAUGAUCCCCCUCAAGCUGUCGGUUUUGUGUAGCACCAAGCAGAGGUUUUGUUUAAUGUAUUUGGUGUGCGAUUAUAUACUUCAGAUAAGAGUCCGUUACAAUGUGUGCGCUCUGCAUAGCUAUGCAGAGGAUGCCAGGACUCCUCAUUUCCUCAAAGGGGGUGGGAAUACAAACAACUAGAGGUUUUUGAGUUUUUAGGACCUGCAGAUGUGUAGAUUCGCUCACAUAGUUUGGUGGACUUUUUGCAUUUCUGAGUGUAAAAGUACCUUUUGUAGGAACUACUGUGACUUGCUGGGAUUGGCUACCAUCAGGAUGGCCAUCUGUCCAGUUAUUUUAUUUUUGGUUGCAGUAUUUUUAUUUUUUACAUAACAAAUCUUAUAUAGAAACAACAAGCUUGUAUUGCUUAUAUAUGUUGUACAUAUCAAUAACAACAAUAGCAAAGAAGAAAAGAUUUUAAAAAAUGGGGAGGGGGAGAUUAUUUCAAGAAAUUAAGUAGCUUGAAAAUAUACCAUAAGAAAACAUAUUUUUUACGUGUCCCUAAUUCCUCUUAUUAUAUAGGUCAUAAGACAAGUCCAGUUCUUUCCAUCACCAGAGUUCGUGUAAUUGACUCUCCAGUUUAUUGCGAGAGACAGAAGCAGACCCUAAACCCUAAGUUUGUUGGAUUUCAUGGAUAUUCUUCUGUAGUUAUUGGGGAAUUGGUCUGUUCUUUGAACAAGAUAAUAGACUGUAUCAUUUGACUAGAAUAUGAUAGAUCAUCAUCUACCUUGUACUUACUAUUUUUUUAUUUAAUUGCUAUUUCUUUUUUCCAGUCUUAGCAGAUUUCAGUGCAGCCCCAUGUUUCUGAGGUGGGGGUGGAAACUACAGACACAUUUACUACAGUGUGUUGUGCCUAGGUCAGAUUUGGUCACACAGGUAGUAUUUUUCUGUGUACGCAUCUGUUGAGACCUUCAGCAGCACACUGUUUUUCUCUCUUUGUAAAUAGACUGUGCAUUCUAGCUGGCUGAGAGUGUUUUGAAAGUGUGUUGUGACAAGUUGUGGUACUUUUCUACCAUCAUUAUGCACUAAAAUAUGUUCAGUUGAUUGGAUUACUGGACUGGUUAUCUGUUGGACUGUUCUAUUUUCCUGGUUAUCCUGAGGUGCUAACAAAUAUGCUUAAUUUGAAUAAAGUAUAUUUUGUUUUGUUAUA